CAUUUCAUCACUUCUUGUUUCGUGCUCUGCACACUGCUGGCUGCAUUGCUGUUUGUAGUUAAUGCAUUUUAAUAUCAAGUGCCUUGGCAUUGUCCCAUAAAAUGGACCAAAGCGGAUCUUUUACAAAACAGUUUUAUUUCACUGUGUCAGAUAAAACAGAUGGAUCAAAGUAUUUAUGCUACACUCACGAUUGCGCUGGUGUUUUAACCAUAGGGGUGACGGACGCUGAAGAUGUGUGGAGAACAAAGAUGACUGAUGAGAUAAAGACCCAACUGCUGAAACACUAUUCUUUGACGUCAGUUGAGGACUGCAUUGUGAAAUUGAGAUCCUCCUGUGGCACUGGCAAUGCCUCUGUGUCCGUGGAGGUGGACCAGGUGAUUCUCCGACUUGGGCCUUCGCAGAAAGACAUGAGCUUGACCCUGUCCAAACUCCCAGAGGAUGAUGGGAAGGGGGAGCUGAAGCACCUGCUCUUCAGAAUGGCCGACAGCCUGAGCCACUGCCAGACCACGGAAGGAGCCAAGUCAUUGUACAGUCCUGGGAAGAGUAGUCAUGAAUUUGCACCUCGAAAGCAUCCCCUUCGGCGUAACGGUGCUCCGACUGGGGCCCCCAAACGUUUUGCUGGAGACUCCUUGAUCAAUCCAGGAACUAGAAGCAAAAAACCUGCAACUGGUGUGGCCUUUGAUGACGCUGAUGACAUGUGAUGAAGAUGAUAAUGAUGAUGCCUCUAAUGAUUAUAAUUAGGACGAUUGUGAUUGUAUAUAUAUUUUAAAUGUUUACUAUGACGUUUUAUUCAACAAUGACUGGCCUCUCAAGCAGUGUACCAUUUGAAUCAUUUUAGAGCUGCAACGACCCAUAAUAAAUGUUCUUUUAAACUUAAUACUAGUUUGCAAAACAGUUUUAACAUAUUCAGGAAAUUAGGAUGUCUAAAUACUUUGUGAUGAAAGGGUAUAACAUAAAUGUGCACUAUGAUUAUAUUUUUUAUAGAUGUAAUAACUUGAAUAAAUAUGGAUGCUUUUUA